AUGACCUUCUUACUCCAGUACCUAAGAAUACUGGGUGAUGAAUGGCGCACUCAUCGCAAAUUCUUAGCCAGCACCCUUCUCAUAGGCCUCUGGGCCAUGUCUGAGUUCUGGGUAAAUGUCUUCAUCUGCAUCCCAGUCGAAGGCAUAUGGGACUCGAGUGUUGCAACCUCAUGUAUCCCCAACGGACCGUACCAAUAUGUUUAUAUUUCCCUGGACAUCGUCAGUGCCAUCGCCAUAUUCCUCUUUCCAAUCAUCUUCUUGCGUCACAUGAUGAUCGGAUGGCCGGAAGCAUUUGUUCUAUCAGUUGUAUUCACCCUUGGUCUAUUUGUCGUGGUUCUUCAGUUUGUCCGGCUGCAAUAUAUCAAUCUUGGCAGUGACUUCACCUGGAAUUUCGCGGACCGGGCCGCACUCAUGAUAUCAGAGCUGGCCGUCGCAGUCUUGUGCACUUGCAUACCCCUUCUUCACCCAUUGGCGAUGCGCUUCUGGCCACAGUGGUUCUGCACCAUCAGGUAUUUAAAUGGCAACGAAAACAACCUCAAACCGCCCCACUCAGAAGAUACGGAGAAAGUCCACCACGUACAAACGCACCACCACCAAAUCACCCUCGGGACAAAAGAUGCCAGCAGCAGCGGCUUAGGCUUCGGUCUUCCUCACGAGGUGGCGGGGUCGCGCCAAAAGAACCGAAACCACACGCCGUGCGACGCGCUCGACGACGUGCUCGGUUCAUCGCCUCGCCGCGGCGACAGCGGCGACAUGUCGGACGACAUCAUGGGUCUGCAGUCGGCGCUCAGAGGCCUGAAGCGCCUCAGUUUCAACCGCAGCCAGAGCGACGGCGACGCCAGGAAGUUGUCUCAGCAUCGGGACAGCAGGGAGCUGGCGAGACAGUCUCCACGACCGGACAUGGGCCGGACGCGCACGUCGCCCUAUAUGCAAUCGCCCACCUUGGGGUGGGAACGGUCCGGUUCUCCUGUAGACUUACAGCCCAAGAACCCUACCGUCGCGGCGCGGCGGGCGAAGUCGCCGAUGCAGAUGACCAAGGGGAGGUUGACACCGGUGGUGACCUCCAGGAUGCCAUCUUUUGGCGGCAAUGAAAGCGAGGCAAGCCUGGUACCAAAUUAUGCUUCGGAGCAGCAGCAGCAAGACCGCCCACAACAACAGCAACAGCGCCAUUAUCUUCACCCUGACACAUUCUAUAACUCGAUAUCAGAUUCGAAUUCGUCAUACUACAACAAAAGGCUCCCGCCAGCACCGAGGCAUAUGGCAGGUGGUGUUGACGUGUACGAGGAACAUUACAGGCUACGGCGAGAUUCUGAUAAAUCGGCAAGGCUUGCGAGAAAUGGCAGAUUAUAG